AUCAAGAUGGACUUGGGUGAAGCACAAUCUUUCACGAAAGUCGAUGAACUUCGUGCUAAACUGUUGAACAAUGUCGCAGACGCCACAGACGAAGACAAAGAUGAAGAAAUUAAGUCUUUUUUAUCUAGCAGGGAGAUUUUGGACUGCAUUGAAAAUGUAAUCCUGCAAAUAGUGACCAGUCUGUCUAAAGAUGAGACACCGGUAUUGGUGCUGCCUAAUAGAUCCAGCUGGGACAAUGUCAGGUUUGACAGUGCCAUCGGGCUUCAGAUGAGUUCAUCUAGCGCCCUCAUGAUGAUCAGGAGUAGCUGCCCAACAUCUGCUACUACAUUUUCCCAGAUUCUCAAUAUUCUCUCCGUCAUUUACACUCUAGUGCAGAGCAACUCGUAUGCAACAAAAAGAGACAUCUUUUACAACGACCCACAGCUGUUUGGCUCACAGAGAACAGUCGAUAGAAUAGUGGAUGAUGUGUGCUGCAUGUUUAAGGUUCCUCGUAGAGCUCUGCGUGUGUUGGCAACAUCCAAAGGUUUAAUAUCAGGUGAUCUGUGUUACACGGAGGAGGACGGCACAAGAAUCGACUGCCACUCAAAGUCUGCUGCUGUCGCUGUUUCAUCAAACAUAGCAGGAAUCAGAAAUGUUGUGUCAUCUGCCAAGUUUGUCCUGAUAGUUGAGAAGGAUGCUACAUUUCAGAGGCUUCUUCAAGAUGAUUUCUGCACAAAGAGUUCUCCCUGUAUCAUGAUAACAGGAAAAGGCUUUCCAGAUGUGAACAGCAGGUUGAUGGUGAGAAAACUCUGGGAUGUGCUGCAUGUCCCAGUCUUCACUCUGGUGGAUGCUGACCCGCACGGCAUUGAGAUCAUGUGCAUCUACAAGUACGGAUCAGUGGCCAUGUCAUUUGAGGCCCACAGCCUGACCAUCCCCAGUGUCAUGUGGUUAGGCAUCCUCCCCUCUGACCUCCAGAGGUUGCAGGUCCCCAGGGAUACACUGAUCCCCUUCACCAAGAGGGAUGAAAAUAAACUCAACAGCCUCCUCAAGAGGCCGUACAUGGCGGAACAACCAGAGUGGCUUAAAGAGAUGGAGUUGAUGCAGAAGAACAAAUACAAAGCUGAAAUACAGUCACUGGCAGCCAUAGGUCCAGAUUUCCUCACCAGCAUCUACCUGCCAAACAAGCUGCGCUAUGGAGGCUGGCUAUGAGCAAAAUGCUGCCAUCUAGCGGAAUUAA